AUGGGUGGAUUUGCCCUUCAAGAAGCGUCCAGGGAAUAUGGCAUGAAGAAAGAUAAACCAAGGAAGAAACGCUCUGUAAAUUCUGGAUCUUUAGCUUUGGAAAGCCUACUGAUGAAGAACGAUACAAGAACCAAUUCUUCAAGAAAGAAGCAUGUGCCUCGGUUCACUCAUUCUUGGCCUUCACAUGCUCAGAAGAGUAAAGCUUCCAAAAAAAUGCAUGUAAUAAAAAAAAAACUGAGUGAAGACAGAAGAGUUGGAAAGAGACAUACUAAACAGAACAAUUUUAGAUUGCAAGAACUUCAAUCUUCCCAGAACAAGUUCUCAGGCAGCCAUAAAGUGAAGGACAAGAGAGGGAGUGGACAAAAGGGUUCAUACGCUAAUCAGCCUGUCUCAUUUGUAUCAAGUGGCAUGAUCCAUUCCGAGAGUGUACCUGUUACAGUUGUUGAGGCUGAAGAGACUUAUAGGAAGGGUGUCACUAACUCUGCCAAUAUAGGAUCAUUUGAAGAACAUACUACUGGUUUUGGUUCAAAAAUGAUGGCUAAAAUGGGGUACAUUGAGGGAGGAGGACUGGGGAAAAAUGGUCAAGGUAUGGCACAACCUAUUGAGGUUAUUCAAAGGCCUAAAUUACUUGGUUUUAGUGUAGAAUUCUCCAACAACGCAGGUGAGCCAGCUGUGAAGAUAUCUUUAAGAGUUGGUGCUGAAUCACUUGGUUUGUAUGUAGAAUUGUUCAAAAACCAAGGUGAAUUAGCUAGGAACAGAUCUUCAAGAGUUGGUGCUUUUGAAAAACAUACCAAAGGCUUUGGUUCUAAGAUAAUGGCAAAGAUGGGCUUUGUUGAAGGUAAGGGAUUAUCAUAAGUCAUCACCACUCCAUUGACUGCUCUUAGAUUACCAAAAUCACGAGGACUAGGUGUCAAAAGUUGAUUUAGACAUAUAAUUUCUUUUUUGUGUUUGUAUAUAAUUGUACUGUGUGUUGCAUUAAACCUUAUGAUUCUGCCUUGUAAUUUAGAUUUACUAUGGGAUGACCAUCUCUUGAAUCACACUGUUAGAAUCCAAAUUCCGGCUCCGUUAUUUAUUUUUUAGACAAUUCUCAUAGUAAAAGGCAAGUCAUCAAAGACUGGUAUGUCAUUAAGGCAUUCUCAUGUACGAUCUCUGAAUUCUUUAAUGCUCUGGUUACUCUCUAGUUUUCGUAUUGGCCCUGUA